UCUAAAACGGAGUUGUUGUUUUUGUCAAAGAGGGCGCAUGCUCGCAUUUCCACGCGCACGAGGUCCGUGACGGGUCGGCACCGUGGAACCACCAAAAUGGUCCAGGCUUGGUACAUGGGUGACCUGUCUGCAGACGACGACCAGCGCUUGCCCCACAAAACGGAGCCCUUCGAGGAACUGUCGCUGGAUCAGCUGAAGGAGAGGACCGGAUGCCUGUACUGGAAGAUUGAAGACGAGGACGUUGAGAACUCGCCUCUGGUGGAGAAGAUUCGCCAGGAGCGCGGCUACAACUAUAAGGACGUCAUCACUGUGUCGCCGGACAAGCUGGAAAACUACGAGACCAAGAUAAAGUCGUUCUUCGAGGAGCACCUGCACUCGGACGAGGAGAUUCGCCUGAUCCUGGAGGGCUCCGGGUACUUUGACGUGCGCGACACGGACGACCGGUGGGUGCGCGUGCUGGUGGAGCGCGGAGACCUGCUGGUGCUGCCGGCCGGCAGCUACCACCGCUUCACCUGCUGCUCAAAGAACUACAUCAAGGCGUGCCGUCUGUUCUGUGGAGAGCCCGUGUGGAAACCCUACCCUCGGGGAGAGGAAUCUGACAAGAUGACGGCUCGCGCCGAGUACCUGAAGCAGAUGACUGCGGCCGCCUGAGCGACCGGAGCGGGGAGGGCGGCGGCACCGUCCUCUAUACCGGCAGACUGUGGCAGAGGGCGCCGAUAGCGGCGCCGAUGGCCGACCAUCAGAUGACCCGACAAGGUGCUGAAGAGCUACAACCAACUUUCAGGGGUAUUCGAUUUUUGUGAUCCUUUGAAGAUCUUCCUGGUGUUAGUGGAUCUUUCCCAUUGGAGUGUUAUGGGUGAAUCGUGAAUUGUAACUCGGUCAAGGGACCAACGUUAGUUAACUGAUAAUUACUGGAUAAAAGCAUCGAGCACGUAAAACAGUUUUUUAUGUAAAAAUAUUCACGAGUGAUGUGCACUUUGUGAUACGGAACUAUCGGCUUUUUGCCAGACUUGUGCCAUUUCUUCUCUUUUCUUUUGUGCAAUGCUAUCUCAUUUGUGUAUUUGUGUCUAAUUAGAGGGCAGUCUGCAAAGCUCAAAUGUGCUAGAGCUCAACAUGAAGCAAGGUUAUGAAAUACCCCCAACGGUUGCAUUGCUGUUUCUUUUUGUAUAGCUUUGUUUCGUCGGUAGAUGGAGUACUAAAGCAAACUGAAUCUCUUUUGUAAUAUCGUGCGGGAUUGUGCUGGUGCUGUAAUACAUUUAACGAGGGAGGGAAUUGAAAUAAAUAUUUACGCUUA